AUGUUGAAUAGACUAAAGAGAGUAUUCUAUGAGGUGGACACAGAUGAUGGAGAGACUCAUCAAGAUGAAAAUGUAGAGAAUGAUGACAAGUUGCAACAACAACAACAACAACAACAAAGACAACAACAACAUUCACUAUUUGGACCUUGUGUAUCAGACGGUCUGUUGGAUACAGUGGGAAAGACACCGCUCAUAAAGAUAGAGAGCUUGUCAAAGGCUACUGGUUGUACGAUAUUGGGCAAGGCAGAGUUUAUGAAUCCAGGUGGCAGUCCAAAGGACAGAGUGGCCAAGGGUAUCAUAUUGGAUGCAGAGAAGAGUGGUCUAUUGAAACCAGGUCAUACUACGAUCGUAGAGGCAACUGCUGGCAGCACUGGUAUAUCGCUCACAAUGUUUGGUAAAGCUAGAGGUUACAAUGUUGAACUAUACAUACCAGAUAAUGUAUCAAAGGAGAAGGUGGAUCUGUUGGAAAUGUUGGGUGCAAAGAUAAAUACAUUCUAUGCCAAUCAGUUUGAUAAUGUGUCCAACUUCAAUGCUCACUUUUAUGGAACUGCCAAGGAGAUAUGGCAACAGACCAAUGGUAACAUUGAUGGUUUCGUCUGUGCCGCUGGUACUGGUGGUACAGUAGCUGGCAUAUCAAACUAUCUUAAAUCAAGAUGUUCAACAAUAUCAACAUGGCUAAUUGAUCCACCUGGUUCAGGACUAUACAGUUUAGUCAACACUGGAGUGAUAUUCGACGUUAGGGACAGACUUGUGGUCGAUAAGUUUGGUCCUAGGUCAUUCUACGAGGGUGUUGGAGUAAACAGAAAGACAGAGAACUUUGCAAAGGCAGUACUUAAUGGCGCAUUCCUGGGCACUGAACAGGAAGGUGUAGAUAUGGCUCAUUAUCUAUUGCAGAAUGAUGGACUGUUCCUCGGUGGAUCGAGUGCUUUGAAUUGUGUUGGUGCUGUGAAGUUGGCAAGAAAGCUAGGACCAGGCAAGACUAUCGUCACAGUUCUUUGUGACUCUGGUCAUCGAUAUACAAGUCGAUUGUACAGCAAGUCAUGGUUAGCAGACAACAAGUUCACUUUAUCUGAAGAAGGUUAUCAACCAAACAAUCUCGAUUUCGUACUUCAAUAA